AUGGAAUCAGGAAUCACGAGCUCCACUGACGCCAUCUCAUACCACUCAUUUGCCCUAGAUAAGACCAGUAGAGUAUAUGUUCUGGAAGUGUUCACCGAUACAGGAGAGCCAAUCGUGGGAGCUGUUAACGACAACUCAACGGGACUUUCAGGGAACGUUCUGCAAUACGGUCUCGCUGAAAGAAUCAUCAUUGGGUUUGUUUUGACGGUUAUUAUCAUUUUGACAAUCGCUGGGAACAUUUUAGUAUGUGCUUCAAUAUUCAUUUUCCCAUCGCUCCGAACACUGACUAACUAUUUUGUUUUCUCUCUCGCUAUCGCCGAUAUUCUGGUAGCAUGUCUGGUAAUGACUUUUUCAACAAUUAAUGUUGUGACUGAAACUUGGAUAUACGGUGACACUUUUUGCCUCAUUUUUAUAUCUUUCGACAUAUCCUUUUGUACGGCGUCAAUCAUGCAUCUGUCUUGCAUAGCGUUCGAUCGAUACUCAGCGAUCUGCAACCCUUUCCAGUAUCCGCUGAAAAUGACGUCGAGACGAGUGACGAUCAUGUUGGCAAGUUGUUGGGUGGUGCCCAUGUUUAUUUCAUUCAUUCCGAUAUUGUUGCAAUGGAACACAAUUGGAAUAGAAAACGUUAUAGCCGAUGUGAAAAAUUUUGCCGGUCCAUACUCAUGCAUUUUCCUUGUAAAUAAACCAUACGCAGUGAUUGCAUCAACCAUUGCCUUCUACAUGCCAUGCAUCCUCAUGGCUACUGCGUAUUUUUUCAUCUUCCGAGCUGCCAGGAAACAAGCGCAACAGAUCAAGAGCCUGGAACGGGCAACUAUGAACUGGAACAACACCCGCAACGGUCCCGGUGACGGACAUCCUCACCACCACGGUCGGAGAGUGUCCCUGGCAGCGGAGAAGAAAGCUGCGAAGACUUUAGGGAUUAUCAUGGGAUGUUUUACCAUUUGCUGGUGUCCUUUUUUCGUUUUUAAUAUUGUUGAUCCUUUUUGUGACUUUUGCAUAGAUCCCGGAGCGUGGCCGCCAGUCACAUGGCUAGGCUACAUCAAUUCAAUGUUAAAUCCGCUUCUAUACGCGUUCUUCAAUAGAUCAUUUAGACGAGCGUUUAUUCGAUUAUUAAGAUGUCACGUCUGCAAGGGUACUACCGCCGAGUUUGACCCAACAAUAUCUUCGCGCGAAAGAUGA